GAAAGCGAGCCCGGCUGAGGAGAGACGCCGUCGUCAUGGCGACCGAAGGCCGCUCGGAGCAGAUGGAGAAGCCGCGGCGCUUUGAAAUGGAAAAUGGUGAAACAGAAACUUGUGAUUCAACUGAUGCCCUGUGUUCUGUAACUUCAGAAAGAAAUUGUAGUGUUUCAACUUCACCCUUGACUUUAUGUCAAAGGAGUGUAGAUACUACAAUACUGAAAAAAAAAUGCAUCUCCCCUAACACAAAGGCAUCUGGAAAGACAGAAGAAAAGCAAAGAGAGCCUCUGUUUGGCCCUAUGAGUCCCCUGCAAUCAUCAGUAAUACCAAGAAGGUCAGAGCUUCAAGAUGGUUCCACACAUCAAAUAACAUCAGUUCAGAGAAGUGAUAGAAUAUCAGAACUAGUCAGCUACAAAUCAAAUAGUACAAACAAUUUUUCUCUUAUAUCACCAUCCAAGAGAAACAGACCUGUCAGUGCUCCUCCAGGUCAGAGAUCUUCGUCCUUAAAAUCCCAUUUGGCCCAAAAGGUCCCUGAAGUGCCCAUUUUUGAACGACAACCACAGAUACUCAGAGUAACAGCUUAUAAGAAUGGUACAAGAAGCGUGUUUGCUAAAGUUACAGUGCCACUUUCCAUUAAACUGCUGCUGGAGAAGUGCACUGGAAGGCUGAAGCUGAAUAUGGCUGCACGACGAGUCUUCUUGGCAGACGGCACUGAAGCACUCGAUGCUAUAGACAUACCCCAUGAUGCUGACGUUUAUAUUUCAACUGGAGAGCCCUUUUCAGAUCCAUUCAAAAAAAUUAAAGACCAUCUGUUGUUAACGAAGAAGGCAACUUGGACACUGAAUGGCCUAGUCUUUCCUAAAGGUAUCAAGAGGAGAGAAACCAAGCCUGUACUAUCCACAUGUAUGAAGACACUUACAGAGAAGCCCACUGUCAGAUUUUUGGUGUUUAAGAACUGUAUGGGGCAGGAUGGUUAUGAAAUAUCAUCUCCCCCAGACCAGAAUGAAAAGUUUUUAGAUGCUUGUACCAUGAGACUGAACCUUGUUUCACCAGCAAAGUAUAUGUAUAAUAUGCAUGGAGAAAAAAUUGAAGAUCUCUUGAGUGUUCCUCUGCUGGACAAAUGCCUGCAAAAUUCCAUCACACCUCUGCGAGGACCUCUUUGGGUCUCUAAGGGAGAAGGUUUCAGCCCCUCUGGAGCAAAGAUAUAUAUCCAAGGAGUACUGUUGGCCUUGCACCAGCGAUUAAAGUCUGCUAAAAACUACUGUGAUCAGCUGGAUUAUGCAAUAGAUGGCCAGAAAGAGAAAAUCACAGACAAGGGCAUUCUAUCAAUGAAAAAAGAAGAAUUAUAUUCAGAACAAGAUGAAGUGAACAAGUUGAUUGAUGAACUGCAGGCAGCUAUCAAGAGCUACAAAGGUCACCUCUCUAAGCUUGCCCCUCAGUUACAGGCGGAACAGGAACAAUGUGCUUCUUAUGUCUACCAACAUAUUAAAGAACUUCCUGCAAACACAGUUUCCUCUCAGGGACUGCAGCUAAAGGCGUAUGAAAAUGGCAAGGAUACCGGGGAGAUUCUUGUUUACAUCAGUAGAAAAGAAAUGGAAAUCAAUCCUGGGGACCAACCCAGUGCUGCUAUGGAGAGGGUACAGCACAUGAUUCACCAAAGGCUUCAACAUUCAGCAGAUUUCAAACCAUCAGGCCUCAGUCGGUUUCCGACCCGGCUUUUUGACGAGACUGGACAAGAAAUUAAAAACCCACUUUUACUGCAGAACGAGCAAAAAAUUUGGGUUUCUUAUGGUGAAGAUUACAGGUCUCCUGUAAAUCCUGUCCUGAGUUUGACCUUUGACAGAGUGGCUGCAGCUGAAAAGAAUGGCACCACAGUUAUUUAUAAAACACUUCUGGAUCCCACAGUUGAUUUACUGCCUGGAUGUGACAAUUGGGAAGCUUGUGCUGGAUUUCCAGAUAACAUUCAAUUCACAAACCAUGAGGAAUGUCAAACCUCGGAAAUUGUGGAGUCAGACAACCAUUUUAUACAAUAUAAGGCUGAUUCCCAGAUGGUUCUUCUCAUGUCAGUUAAUAUGGAAAAGAUGAAGAAAGAUGCUCCCAGAAGAAAUGGCCGCCGAGAGCUGACAUUCGACAUAGCACACUGGCCUCUGUCUAAUAUGUGGCUGAUCACAAAGGCUGGAAUGAUUCUAAGUCGAGCUAUGGUACAAAGCAGCCUAGCUGUUGGUCAUCCAAUCAGAGCUGUGAUGCAGGAUGGCAUACCUCUUGAAGGCUAUAAGCUGUGUCUGCAGAAAAGAGACAAAAACAAUAUAUAUCAACACUGGGAGUUUGGAAAUGAUGGUUGUAUCCAUCCUAAGGCUUACCCUGAGUUUGUCCUGACCUACCUAGAGGAGCUAAAUGUAAGAGAGGAGGUGACCCAGACGGAAUACUGCACACACCAUGGGGCCCAGUCUCCAGUUCAUCGAGAGACAGAUAGCAAUGCAGCAGAAGAGGUCACUGUAUCAAGCCAGAGGCAGGUCCUGCAAAAUAAUGUCUGCAAUGAGAAGCAACUUUCAGGACCUUUGGACGCCCACUUAAGGCCUGAAGGUCCCUCGGGGGGGAAUAGGCAGCUGACAGUGGCACUGGUGAGGAAACUAGAAGAGAAACAUCCUAAGGCCUCAGCUCAAAGGUGGGCCAUUAAACAUGGAGGAACAAGUAAGCCUGGUCAGUGGAAACAGUCAAAAGUGGACAAUCCUUUGUGGAAUAAGUUGACCUAUAUGUGGCCUGUGCUUCCAAAUGGAGAACUAAACCAGGCUUUUGACUGGCCCAUUGAAGGCUUGCUGAUUCCAAACAGCCCUCCCUUGAAGAAACCUACUGGUAAGAAGUCAGACAGCUAUAUGCCUCUGAGGCUCAGGGUUUUGAAAAAUGGAGAACAGGACAAAAGCAAAGCCAUCUUUGUUCUUGGACCCGACUGUACAACUGUGGCUAAAAAACAAAAAGUUGAUCCAGGAAGGAAACAGAAAGUGAAGAGACUCCCGAAGGCAAACGGUGAUGCUGAUUCAGAAAAGAAAACACACCAAAAAGAAUUCCAGCAUUUUCUGGAACGGUGCACCAUGGCAUUGAAUUUGCCUUUUGCUGCCAGAAGACUGUUCACUGAAAAGGGGGUCGAAAUCUGUCUUUUGGAAGACUUGGAGAGAGAUCAGCUGAUUUAUGUUUCCUGUGGAGAGCAAUGGAUUAAUCCAUACUGGACUAUGACUCAGCAGAAGAAACGUCUCCAGCUUAGUAAUUUAGCAUCUGAUAUAACUGCUAUUCGUGCCUACUGUGCCAUGCGAAACACAACAAAUCUUGCUUUAGAAGUCAAGAAUGACAUUGUUGUUGGGGCCAAACUAUCUGUUGAAAGAGCUACAGUGGAAUUUGAAGAGAAGAAGGUUGUGGAAGAGCUGCAAGAAAAAGAAGCUACUGAAAAAGUAGAAUACAAUGUGGAUGAAUGUCUGACUUCACAUGCAAAAUCUCAUCUUAAAGCAGAUGCAUCUUAUACACCCAUGAAAUAUGCUUGGCAACAAAAUCUCUUUGAUUUUGAUGAGGACUGCAGCCUUCAGAAAGAUAAAGAUGAACUGUUCUUUGAAGAUGCAGAGUUAUAUAAAAAAUACAGGCAUCAGCCUAAACUGACUGAAGAUUUGCAGAAAACUCAUCAUCAACAGUUUGAAUUUAGAAAUGGGAAGAUUAUCAACUGUAGCUUUCGAAAUCUUGCUUUAGGUGUGGAGAAUUCUGAUCUGCGUUCUGGCGCUGAAGUGGUUUUGUUGGAAAAGAAAUGUGACAAUAUUAAUCAACACUGGAUAUGGAGAGAGGAUAGCAGGACAUUUCAUCUUGUGCUGGACCCACAAUUAGUGCUAGCGGUAUCGAUGCCCAGCAUACUCAAUGGGUAUCCAAAGAGUCCUCUGGAAAUGCAAGGGUGUCCUGUCGUCCUUCAGAAACACAAAGAAUGUAAAAAUGGAGCUGCCAAUCAAAGGUGGAAUUACACGGAAACUACAAAGGUUAUCAGUGCCUUUUACAGCACAACCCUGGAUCAAGAAAUCACAGCAGCAAAUUAUUCUUCGAUUUGCACAUUUUCCGUGGCCAGCACAGAGAAAAUAGACCAACCAGGCUACUAUUUUCUUUCACCGUGUGGAAAGCAGAAGGUAAAGAUAUGCUUGGCUUGUGCAAGGACCAUAAGAGGAAAGAAGGACCUGAAAAGGUUGCGCCCUGGUACUGUAUUCUCCUGUGCCUCUGGUUCUGAGGAAGGAAAGCAUUUAUCCAUCUGGCCCUAUAAGUGCCUUGAUGUUAACAAGACUGAUUUGUCCACGUCUGAAGCUGAAUCCACCUUACAUUAUUUAGAAGAAUUUCUAGCAUCUUUGAGGACAGAAACAUCAUUGCAAAUAAUCUCAGAAAAGAUGUCUGCAGCUGUAAACCAAAGAGCAGUGAAAAUAAUUGCAUACAGAAAUGGAGCUGGUUACAGAAAUGGGCAGCUAAUUGUUGCUAAUACAUUCCCUAUGCUGCUUUCUUUAUGCACAAGACGACUUGAACUUAACAGGACAGCAAGUAGACUGUACACAAGUGAAGGGAUCUUAAUUCUUACACUGAAGGAUUUAGUCUUCAGCGCUGUAAAUGAUUAUUUCAGAAAGCAGGAGUCUGAAAAACGAGGUGAAGGAGCAACUUUUGUUCCUGGCUUUAACGAAAACGCAUCUGUGUUGCUUGUGAAAGAUAAGGAGUCCGAGGAGAAAAUGAACUCCAAGUCUAUACCAUCAGUGAUGACUCCAGAUAGUUUGACCUUGGUUGAUGAUUUUUUGCUCACCAUCAUUCUUAGAAAUCCAGUUGAGGUCUGGGUUUCCACUGGAGAACCUUUCUUGCCUUUGAAUACUUUGCAAAAUGCAGAGAGGGAAGGACGACAAAAAUGGUCAGAGAAAGAUAAAAUUCUGGCAGACCUAGAUGCAAUGAAGCACAAAAUGAGACAACUACAAGGACGACGCAUAGCAAAAUCUAAAGCAGCCAGUUUGGUGCCCACUAAGAGCCCCCUCCAGCCUGUGGUUGUAGAAGGAGGCUGGACUGAGGAAACUCAAGAAGAGAUGAGGCUCAUGGAAACCAUACAGCAUACAGAGAUGUACCUUUCAGAGCUUCAAGCAUUACAGUUCAAAAGAACUUCUUCAUUUUCUCCUAAACUACUGGUGAAAAGUCACAGAGAGCUCUACAAGCAGCCAGCAACUAAAAGAGUGUGGGCUUAUGUGAAUGGAUUUACACCUGAGCAAGGAGCUUAUGCCUGGGGGCAAACAAUUGCAGAGCUACUUGACAGUUGUACAACUCAGCUAAAAAUGCCACAACCUGCAAAGACAUUAUACACACCUGAUGGUGAGCAGCUGCGGGCAUGGGAUGAAAUAGAAAGAGACAUGAUUGUUUGUGUUUGCACAGGCCAUCCCUUUAUGAGCAGAAAAGCCAUGAAACAUGAAUUGGAAGUUAGAGCUCUUUAUGCCAGAAUUCGGAAACAGCACGGUCCAGAAUCUACCAACAUUAUUGUCUUACCAUCAGAAAAAGUUACCGGGAAGGUCAACGCAAAUGGCAGUCUUCUGGCUCUUACAUGCAGAACUGAUCAGCAUUCCAGCGACUAGUGACCUUUGGAGAGUGACAGCCAGAGACUAUUCCAUGCCAGGCAGAUCACAGCUUAUGCAGAUGUUUCUGUUUAAUGAAUGCCAGGGGCUGCAGUAGAUGAACAAUAGCUCCUUUCCUCUUAGUCUUUAUUCAGGAUCACAUUUUACAGUCGACUCUGGAAUCUGUCCAAUGAUGAUAAAUUCCAGAGACUAGAAGCCUACAUUCCCAGUCUGGUCAGGAUAGCAUGGUUGCCCCCCCUACACAGGUGCCCUCUGUUCAGUUCUGCACCCAGAUGGACCCACCACAGAACUACUUUCUCCCUCCACUAUCCUCAUCUUCUGCCCAUGCAUUCUAUUUUUAUCAAGAAUUCAGCAACCAACCCUACUUGAGUGUAGUAAAGUGGGUGGUAAUCUAUGUAUUCGCACUGAGUUCUCUGACCACCAGUCCAAAAAAUAUACCAUAGUAGUUGAACAAUCUCCACCUAUUUCUGACUCACAAUUUUACGUACGUCUGUAAAUGCACUGAGCUUUCGCUAACUGGUAAUAUCUCCCUUAGUUAAGCAGUGAAACCAAUAACAUUCUCAUCCAUAAAGUCCUAGCUUCACUCCUGCUUUUACAGCACUGCCUCAAAAGAACUGUAAGCACCUCAUAUAACCAUUCAGUGGAAUGUGUGCUGGGGAGUUGUGGGUUGGGGAAGUUCAGCUUGCAAGCUGUUCCAGGCCAUAUACUUGGAACGUAACCUGACCACAAUUAAGUGUCGCUCCAAUUUUACAGUUUGCGUGUAAAAAGAGCUAUCCACUUUUAUCCUUUUGUAAAGUUUUAUUUCUUGUAGCUACGGACAAUGUUCAAUGUCAAAAAGGAGGAACCUGAAAUAUUAAAGGUGGACAGUGAGUUCCAGAAUUAAGCUUUUUGCUGGUUAGCAAAUUGCUUUGAGAAAUACGGAUGUAGGAACCCCACAAGAAAUAGCUAUAUUUUCUUUUAAUGUUGUUGACCAUAGACUCUCUUACAUCUAUGGAUUUUCCCAGAAUAAAGGCGGAAUCUCUCCCAAGCAGUCUAUCUCAACUGUGUUUUACAUCCCUUUUGCUCUGCUGGAACAGCCAACAGCAUUUAACAUGACACCUGUUUUUUUUUAAGGGAACAUCAUAACACUUCCUGGUAUUUUGCACCAAAUCAUUAAAGAUCACUAAACUUUUUCUUUGCUGUUCCUGUCUCUUUUUAAUGUCUGCCUUUUCUUGCUAACAGUAAAGACCAAUAUUAAUGGAAAACCCAUUAAAAAAACUAUUAUCCAAUGAAGAAAAAGUGAAUGCACUCAAGUGUAAAAGGAAGACUUAUCGAUCAAUUUCCAGCUAAACCUGGCUUGCCUGACACUUUGCAACAGUGGAAUGUGUUUUUAUUGCAUGGCCAGGUAGUUCAGAUUUCCGGUCAUUUUUAGUAAAGACCCUUUUUAUAACGUGGAUAAAAUUUUAUCACAGAGCUAUAAAAAGAAAAUUAGGCUUCAUAACUCACAUAGGACCUUGAAGAAACUGCUUCUAUAAAUUUUUUAAACAUUAUCAAACUUAAUGCACCUGUUCUGACAAAUUAGUGUUUAUCUUCCCCCUCCUGUAAUUAACUAACGGAUUUCCUUUUUUCCCUUCUCCUUUUUCCCAUAAAAGAAGAAAUUCUUUGGCUAUCGGUGAAUAUUACCAGAGAACUGAAACCUUAUCUGCAGAUUUUAAUUAAUCGAAGAUAUAAGUUGAAUAGAUUUUUGUGGUCGUUUCAACAACAUGCCCACACUGGUUUAUGUAAAAUGUACAAUGACAAUAUUUCAUUGAGUUGACUUUCCUCUGACCUCUGCACAAUAUACUGGUUUUGGGAAAUCAGUUAGUAUGUGCAGCAGUUUUGAAUGUACUGGAAAUGCUGAGCAAAAAGGAGACGUAUAUCUUUUUCCACAUGAAAUCACCAGAAUUUGAUGUUGUGUUCUCAGUGGUUUCCAAGCUACAUGUAUUAGUGUCACCUCUCAAAAUAAAUCAGCAAUUUGAAGGUUAUGGCUAUUUAAAAUAACUUUUAGUGCCUCUUAAGUACUUAUGUAAUUAUAAGUUAUCAUUUAAAUUACAAACUAUUGUUAUGUAUUUUGGAGAUCUAUAUUUCUGUCUGAAUCUUUUGAAACAAUUUAUAAUAUUCCAAUUACAGUUUGUCAUAAAAAACCUAUAAAAGAU